GACCUACUCAGCACUGAGGUGCCGUACCUUGUAGGCACUGCAGGGCAGGGACCGCAACGCAGGGCCCCUUCAUGCCCACACUCCACUGCGCCGAAGCCGCGCUAGACCCGAAUCGUCUAUUCGAGGUCUGCAACCAAUGGACUGCCUGCAAAAUCAACCACCCAGCUGUUGCAUCAAGGGAAGCUCUCUCUACCUCGACAAGCUCACCAGCGAUCAGACGCACUGCAUCGCAACAAGAGAGAAGCACCACCAGCAGCAGUCAUGCCGCCGACACAGCUGCCCGAAUCGGGCAAUCCCUUGGUGUUUUUUGACAUCACAUUAGGAGGUGAGCCCCUCGGCCGCAUCACCUUUGAGCUCUUCAGGGACGUCGUCCCCAAGACGGCCGAAAACUUCCGCCAGUUCUGCACCGGCGAGUCCAAGAACUCGUCCGGCCGGCCCCAGGGCUACAAGGGCUCCAAGUUUCACCGCAUCAUCCCCAACUUCAUGUGCCAGGGCGGCGACUUUCUCAACGGCGACGGCACCGGCUCGACGACCAUCUGGGGCUACAAGUCGUUUGAGGACGAGAACUUUACGCUCAAGCACGACAAGCCGGGACUGCUCUCCAUGGCGAACUCGGGCCCCAACAGCAACGGCUCGCAGUUCUUCAUCACCACGGUGCCGACGCCAUUCCUCGACGGCAAGCACGUCGUCUUCGGCAAGGUGGUGGACGGGUUCGACGACGUGGUCAAGAAGAUGGAGGCGACCAAGACGGGCUACAGGGGCAAGGACGUGCCGAACCUGGACGUGGCGAUUGCGCAGUGCGGUGAGAUGUGAGCAGCCUCACUCACUCAGGGCAUGUGAGGGGCGGCAUGGGCGCUGCCUUCAGAGGUUCUUUUUUGGGUUCUUUUUCUGGCGCGGGAUACUGCUGCUGCGAGUCAGUCAGUGAUUCCGGGUCUUGUGCUACUAUAGACAGAGGUGAUGACGGCCCGUGGUGCCCGACAAACGGACGCCCGCUAUGCUCUUACUUGUCACGCCGAACCUCGCCAGGGAAAGGGGGAGGGCAUCAAACAACGCGAUGCUAAGCAAACUGCAAAGGCACAAACAAGUCAGACAAGAAGACCUUCUAGACGCCUACUCGUCGUGCUUCCAUCAUCAUGUGGCAAUCACAAUAGCCGUAUCACGUAUCACGUAUCACGCUCACCAUCACGCGCCAGUCGUCACUAGUAUUUCGCAAACACGCGGCCUUCCCAGGCCCGCAGAAGGCCUUUUUUCAUUCCGAGUUACCUAAGAGAGAAAAGAAAGAAAGAAGGGAACCUAUCCGUCAGUUCGCCAGGCUCCCUCCCCGAACUGCCCUCAUCGAUCCAGCGCGGGCACUCGGGGGAAAGAAAAG